CAGACGGACUGGUCCCACGGUGUAAUUUGACCGUUGUCAUUUCUGCAGGUCAAGAAGGAAUGGAUGAUGACACACCAGAUGAGGUUAUUGCUGAGUUGAAGUCCAGGCCCAUUGGAGGAUGGGGUGUUGCUCAGAUAGCCGCUGGCACUGGGCUUGCUGUGUAUGCCAUGUGGGCAGGAAUCCUCCAGCCUGGCUUCCGAAAAGUCCCCUUGAAGCUACAGGUUCCCUACAUUCCUGCCAGCAGAGCCCAAGUACAAAAUGUGAUGACCCUUCUCAGAGGUCGACAGGGAGGUCUUGUGGAUUUAGGAUCUGGUGAUGGUCGUAUAGUCUUGGAAGCCCAUCAGCAUGGCUUCAUUCCUGCUGUCGGUUAUGAGCUCAACCCCUGGCUUGUUCGCCUGGCCCGAUUUUAUGCAUGGAGAGCAGGGCAUCAUGGAAAAGUAUCGUAUCGACGAGAAGACCUCUGGAAGGUGGACUUGACAAAAUGCAAGAAUGUCACUGUGUUUUUGGCUCCUAGUGUGCUUUCGUUGUUGCAGGAGAAGUUAGAGGCCGAGCUGCCUGAUGAUGCCUUAGUGGUGGCAGGCCGUUUUCCCUUUCCUGACUGGAAACCUUGCAUAAUUGAGGGACAUGGCGUGGACAGAGCUUGGGCAUACAGCGUGCAAGAACAAAGACAGCACACUGUCAACAAAAAUAACCUCACAGCCACAGAGUCUUUUACAGUGAACUAACCAAAGCCCUAUAUAUGUAUAUAUAUAUAUUUUUUUUGCUCUCCUACAAUUGUAACAUGGACUUUUAUUAAUUUGCUGCUUUUAUGACAUAAAUCACAUUCACUGAAAUGUGACAGAUUUUUUCAACAUCUGCAGCAGGAUAUUUCACACAUGCUGCUGUUGCUUUACUCCUCUGUGGCCCGGGGACUGUGUUCACAAACAGAGAGAGAAUCCUGUCAGAGAGCUUGAAUAAUGGUGUACUUAUAAAAACAAAGUAAUAUAAUUAAUUCAUAGUGUGAGUGUGAAUGGUUGCCUGUGUCUCUGUGUUAGCACUGCGACAGACUGGCUAAUUAUUAGUCAGUUAGUCAUCUAAGAAGGGAAGACUUUUAAAUAUUUAUCUGCUCUGGAGUUUGCAUUGCCACCCAUAUAAUAAAGAGCUGUAAGUAACGUUCUGUUUUUGAUACCAUUAAUUUAACUCUUUGUUGUAUGUGUAAUAUUUGACUUAAGAGAAGUGUUUCAAUCCCAGAAUGCAGCAGGCUUUUCUGAAGUAGCAAAAGUGUAAAUGCUCUGUGAAUGUAGAUUAAAGGUGCUUGGUGCUGGCAAAAAUGUUCUGUGUGUGCAAUGUGGCUUCAAGUAACUGAGCACAUGGUAUCCAAAGUGUCCAUGCAGUAACAACAGCACAGUUGUUGUACUAUAUGCAUUGCUGUAUUCUUGUAUGACACAGUAAGCUUUAUAAAUGUUAUCUACUGUAUGUAUACAUGCAUGCAUCUAUCCUGUGUUGUAAAUAAUCAUACAUUGCUCCGUU